CUUGAAUUCAUUCAAUUGGCCACGGCGACAAAAGAGGCAGCAGCGAUAGAGAGAGAGAGAGCAAAGAAACCGAAACCAAAAAUUUGUUCUUUUUUAAAAAAAUUUCAACCUAUUUGUGCACUUUUUAUCGAUUAGCAGGGUUCUUUUUCGGGGAAUUUAGGUGAUUUGUUUGUUCAUUUUGGGUUUGGGUAGAUAGAAAUAUAUUUAAAGUUUGGUUUUUUUUUUUUGGUCGGAUGGUUUUGUGAGAGAAAAAUAUAUAUAUAUAUAUAUAUAUAUCAGAUUUUGAGGGAGAGAUUAUCUCGGUGGAUGACUAAUUGGUUUGAAUCUUCUUUACUGGUAAAAAAAGGCAAGAUCUGAGAUCUCUGGUGGUUCCAUGCAAGGCUUUUGUUAUACCCCGCCGUAUCUUCGCAUCUGGGGUCACUUAUAAACCCUAGAAUUUGACCAAGCAUCGAUCUGGGUUUCUUAAAAACCUCUCUCCUUUUUGUUGGAUCCAAAGGAAGACAAGAGAGAGAUGAAUAUUGGUGGCGUAGUGUGGAACGAGGAUGAUAAAGCCAUUGUUGCUUCGUUACUGGGCAAACGAGCUCUCGAUUACUUGCUUUCCAAUUCGGUUCCGAAUGCGAACCUCUUGAUGACUGUUGGAAGCGACGAGAAUCUACAGAACAAGCUCUCGGAUCUCGUGGAGAGACCCAACGCUUGUAAUUUCUCAUGGAACUACGCCAUUUUCUGGCAGAUUUCGAGGUCAAAGGCAGGGGAUUUGGUACUCUGUUGGUGCGAUGGGUCCUGCAGAGAGCCUAAAGAAGGUGAGAAAUCAGAGAUCGUUAGGAUCUUGAGCAUGGGAAGAGAAGAAGAAACGUACCAGACGAUGAGGAAGAGGGUUUUGCAAAAGCUUCAUGCUAUGUUUGGUGAAGUUGAAGAAGAUAACUGUGCUUUAGGAUUAGAUAGAGUUACUGACACUGAGAUGUUUCUACUUGCUUCCAUGUAUUUCUCAUUCCCAAGAGGUGAAGGUGGUCCUGGCAAGUGUUUUGCAUCUGGUAAACCUCUUUGGUUAUCCGAUGUGGUCAAUUCUGGUUCUGAUUAUUGUGUUAGAUCGUUUCUUGCUAAAUCUGCUGGAAUUCAGACCAUUGUUUUGGUUCCCACUGAUAUUGGUGUCGUUGAGUUAGGCUCGACUUCAUCUUUGCCUGAAAGUGAAGAGUCCAUGUUGUCUAUAAGAUCAUUGUUUUCUAGUACUUUGCCUCCGGUUACAACUGUGCCGGCUGUCGCUUCACCCGUUGUUGCAGCCGAAAAGAUUGAUGAUAACAGAACAGUGAACGCUUCGAAGAUAUUCGGGAAGGAUCUGCACAAUUCAGGUUUUCUUCAUCAUCAGCAUCAUCAUCAGCAUCACCAACAACAGCCACAACAACAGCAACAUAGACAGUUCAGAGAAAAACUUACGGUUAGAAAAAUGGAUGAUAGAACUCCCAAGAGAUUAGAUGUUUAUCCGAAUAAUGGGAACAGGUUUAUGUUUUCGAACCCAGGCAACAACAACAACAACAACACUCUUCUGAGUCCUACAUGGGUGCAACCGGAGAACUACAUGCGGACGAACAAUGUGAAGGAAGUUCCAACCAAGGAAGAUUUCAAGUUUCUACCUUUGCAGCAAUCAUCGCAGAGGCUUCUUCCUCCUGCUCAAAUGCAGAUUGAUUUCUCUGCUGCGAGUUCAAGGGCGUCCGAGAAUAAUUCAGAUGGAGAAGGAGGAGCGGAAUGGGCAGACGCGGUGGGUGCUGAUGAAUCUGGUAACAACAGACCAAGAAAACGUGGAAGGAGACCUGCAAAUGGAAGAGCGGAAGCUUUGAACCAUGUAGAAGCAGAGAGGCAGCGGCGUGAGAAACUAAACCAGAGGUUUUAUGCUCUGAGAUCCGUCGUUCCUAACAUUUCCAAGAUGGACAAAGCGUCGUUGUUGGGAGACGCUGUUUCUUACAUAAACGAGCUUCACGCGAAACUUAAGGUCAUGGAAGCAGAGAGAGAGAGGUUAGGGUAUAGCUCAAAUCCACCUAUCAGCUUGGAAUCGGAUAUUGAUGUUCAAACAUCAGGGGAAGAUGUCACAGUGAGGAUAAACUGUCCGUUGGAGUCUCAUCCAGCUUCUAGAAUCUUCCAUGCAUUUGAAGAGACUAAAGUAGAAGUGAUUAACUCGAACCUGGAAGUUUCUCAGGACACAGUAUUGCAUACGUUUGUGGUAAAAUCUGAGGAGUUAACGAAAGAAAAGCUGAUCUCGGCGUUGUCUAGAGAACAAUCAAGUUCUGUUCAGUCAAGAACAUCAUCAGGUAGAUAGCCUUUUGAGAGACAGAAGAAGGUGGAAGCAAGUUUGUAAUCAAGAACCGGUUUUGAAUGGUUCUUUUUUUUUAUCUUCUAGGUUUCUACUGUUUUUGCUUCUUUUUGGUUUAUAUACCUGUAAGAAUCCUCCAAAACUAGGAUUUUAGUAGUCUUGUUGACAAAAGUAGACGUUAUCAUUCACUCGGUUUACAGUGGACAGAGUUGAAAGAAAAGGAUAAUGUUUAGGGUUAUAUCACUUAAGACUCGUAGACUGACUUAAGAAUCGUUCUUUCUUCA